CCUUGAUCAACCAUAUCAUCAUACCCAAAAAAGUACUUGCAAUGAACAGAGUCUUCACCAACUCUCCCAUGUCCAAAGUCCAAGCAUAUCAGUGAUUCCAAACUCUCAAAAACUUGCCAUCUUGUGGAAAACACACACUUUCGCCGAAAACACUGCGCCACGUCUCUGAUUCCUCCGUUUUAAUGGGUUGGGAAUUGCUCUUCUGGCUGCUUCUUUGUUUCCCUCUCAACAUUGCCUUUUUUGCCUCUUCUUUUUACCAGGUUUUGAUAUUAUCGGACUUGGAAGAUGACUAUAUGAACCCUUUUGAUGCCUCGUCUCGAGUCAAUUACUUCGUGGUUCCCGAGUUUAUUGGGCAGGGAUUACUCUGUGCUCUUUGCCUCCUCACAGGUCAUUGGAUCAUGUUCUUGCUCACACUUCCUCUUGCUUGCUAUCAUGCCAAUCUGUUUAUGAAACGGCAGCAUCUUCUUGAUGUUACUGAAGUUUUUAGGGUGCUUAAAGCUGAGAAGAAAUUUCGGAUUGUCAAACUUGCUUUCUACUUAUCAGUCCUGAUUAUAACUAUCUUCAGGCUUGUACUACUACUUGUCUACUAUUUUGAUCUUGAAGAUGAAUGACACACAAAACCUAUGCAAACCCACACUUGUGCUGUAUGACCACCAAUGUAGCUGAUCAUGUUUUGUUCUGGAUACAACUUUUGGGUCAACAUGGGCUAAAUCUAAUUCAAGUAAUUUUGGGCCUGAGAUAGAUUUGUUACAGUGGAGUCCAAGAUCUAUAUGGACUCUGGACUCAGUUUUGGAUGAGACUAAUGGGUCUUGUACUCCUCCUUCUAUGGAGAUUGGAGGCCCACAUGGUCGCCACUUUGAUUUUUUGUUGGCCCUUUUUUGUUGUGAAAACCAGGUUGCAAGUCCAUGAUCAACUAACAGCAAGUCUUUUCGUUGAUAAUUUAAACAAUUGAGAGAGAAAGUUAUUUAUGUUUAUGAUAGAGAUUAGUGUCCCAUUCAUAAAAUAUAAGGUUGUUGAAUGCCAUAAUUUUAAUAUAGAAAAGGGUUGUGGGUAGAAAGGCCUAAUAAUAUUUUACCCUAAGUAUUGCACUAUAAGAGUGAAUUUUCAAGAUCUUAAAUUGUGAGGAAUAUUCGUUGAAAUGGGGAAAAGUAAAAAAAGCAUUGAUUGAAAGAUAUAUCUGGGGCCCAAAAAGGUAAAAAGAGAUUGUGGAUAGGGUGUGAUCCAUGAAAAUGACUAAAGUGCAAUAAGCAUCUCUUGCCAAACCCGACAUACUGUAGGCAGCUUCAAAACAGUGUGUCUUUCUUUUUAUUACUUUUUCGUUUAUCUUGUCAACUUACCCUCACAACUAAAAGACACAAAAAUUUAUGAUUGGGUCCAUUUUCAAAGCAUUCAUCAAUCAUCAGUGCCCAUUUCCCCCCUUCCUCCAAUGCCUUGUGAACAAGUUAUUUAUGAUGGGAAGGUUUUUACCUCUUCAUGUGUUCUACCCUACACAAUUGCCCAUUCAAGUUAAGCACACUGCUUAGUCCUUUUCAUGUCUCAAUGCUUUUUC